GCCCGCCUCUGGCCCGCUCGGUCGCCCAGCACAUCCCGUCGACGUCGUCCGUUGACAUGGCUUUCCUUCUACUAACGUCCUCCCACUCCUGGCUCGUGAGCACCAAGCUUGACGUCAAGACGUCGAGCAAGCUGCCGCUCACCCCGGCACUGCGCGACGCGACUGAUGAGAAACUUGGCAAGCAGCUCGACCGGUACGACAAGUACCUCAACUCGGUCAGCGUCAACCUCAAGGUUGAGCACCGAGCGCUGCACGACCGCGAGCACGUCGGUAAGGAGGCGCACAUCGCGGAGGUGACGGCGCUCUGCCGCGACAAGCAGGUGAUCCGCGUGCGCCACGAGUCGGAGGACAUGUACGCCUCGCUCGACCUCCUCGCAGACCAGCUCUCUCGCAAGCUGCGCAAGUACAAGGAGCGCCGCGGCCAGCGCAAGCAGAACCAGCUGGGCACUGCGGAGGCGUUCGGCGCAGAGGCCGAAGAGGACGACGAGGAGGCGGAGAGUCUGGACGCGCAGUUCGCGGCGGCCACCGCCACCGCAGAGAUGGCGGACGCCUCCGACGCCGCCGCCGCCUCCAUGUCGGUGGCUGCGGCGAUGCCGGACUCGUCGAACGGCGUGGCGGCGGGCUCGUGGGAGGUGGUGCGGGAGAAGAAGUUCGCGAUGCCUCCCAUCUCGGUGGAGGAGGCGGUCGUCUGCCUCGAGUACAUCGAGCACGACUUUUACGCGUUCCGGAACGCGGCGACGGGCGAGGUGAACGUGGUCUACAAGCGGGACGAGGGCGGGCUUGGCUGGAUCUCGCCGAGCCCGGAGUAAGAGCCUCCUGCGUGGGGGCCGUGCACACACCGCGCGCUCACGCCACACGUGGAGCCUGCGGCAGAUCACGUUGUCUCGUGCGCGACGCGCUGUUGAGUACGCUUUAAUUUGUUGCACAUGACACCGCGAGAUACAGCGAGAUGGGUGCGCACCGUUUUCAUAUUAAAGCCGUGUACUGCUGUGGUAUGACCUCGGGCUCGCGGCCCGCCACUCCGCCAAACUCGGGAAGACGCGGCGGAGUCGCGCAGUCGGGUCUCGACUGUUUCCGGGUCGGCCGGCUGCGGCGCCUGCGCCUGCCCUGCCGGCCCCUGCCCUGCCGGCCCCUGGGCGCGCACGCGCCAACUCCGACGCCCUCGCACCCGGUCAACUUCUACCCGGACACCGGGGCGCGUGCGAGCCGUUAUGUCGCCGUCACGGGCAAGUCCAGCUGCGGCAGGCAAGAGUCGAGCUUCCGCCACGACGCGUUGCGCGUCGCCGCCCACAGCGUUUCGUAGAACGCCUGGAAGGCGCGCUUUGCUGGCGGCUCGCUGAGCGCCGCCACGCGAAGCAAGUACGCCGCGUCCCUCUCGCGCUGCGCCGCCGUCGCGGGCGGCGACGGCGAGUACGCCGACGCCACGUCGACGAAUGGGCCGUAGUACCCUCCAUUCCGCACGCCCUCGGCGCAGGCGCGGAGGGAGGAGACCCCCCUGCGCGGCGCGAAGUUGCCUCUGUUGCGGUCGGUCAGCAGCGAGGCGAGCUCUGCGCGGAGGGCGGGGAGGGCGUCCGACAGGUCUGCGUGCUCGCUCGGGUCGGAGGCGACGUCGAAGAGGCACCCCGCCGCGCCGCAGUCCUGCUGCCAUGUGAGCGCCGCCUCCUCGUGCAGGUCCGCCGACACGCUCAGCCUCCGACCGAGCACCCGCAAGUCGGCAAAGAGUGGCUGCUGCA